GUGAUGAGCGCUCGGUUCUUGCGAGCCUGGCGGGGCGGGUGGGGUAGGGGCCGCGCGACCGCCGCGGGGGAGGCCCCGAGGCGCGAGAAGCCCCCCUGGCGAAUCCUCUUCUUUGGCACCGACCGCUUCUCCGCAGAGAUCCUCCGAGCGCUCCAGGCAGCCCGAGUGCCAAGGCCAGACCGGAUUGUGGAUCACCUGGAGGUGGUAACCUUGCCCCCCAGUCACUCAAAGGUACUCCCCGUGAAGAAGUAUGCAGAGCAGCUGCAGCUCCCCCUCCACAUCUGGCCUGAUGUGGGGGCAUGGGAGAAUUUUGACGUUGGCGUGGUGGCAUCAUUUGGACGUCUGCUUAGUGAGGACCUCAUCCGAAAGUUCCCCUAUGGCGUGCUGAAUGUCCACCCCAGCUACCUUCCGCGGUGGCGUGGCCCUGCACCAAUCAUCCACACAGUGCUCCAUGGAGAUACAGUGACCGGGGUCACAAUUAUGCAGAUCAGGCCUAAGAGGUUUGAUGUGGGCCCAAUUAUUAAACAAGAAGAAUUUGCUGUUCCUCCCCGUUGCUCGGCCAAAGAACUGGAGCCCCUGUUAUCCAAAGAAGGUGCAAACAUGCUGAUUGCUGUUUUGAAAAACUUACCAGAAAGUUUAAGCAAGAAAAAAGAACAACCCAAGGAAGGAGUAACACAUGCUCCUAAAGUCACUAUUGCAAUGAGCUGCGUUCAGUGGGAAGAACAAACCGCUGAGCAGAUACUAAGGAUACACCGUGCCUUAGGAGCCAUGAUGCCUCUAAAGACGCUCUGGAUGGGUUCCAGUGUAAAACUGUUGGACUUUGAAGAGGAAAUGAUACCAAAUGUUACUGAUAAGGUUGUAGCUGAGAAAGAGGCAAUUCCAGGGUUGGUGUUAUACCACAAACAAUUAAAGAUCCUGAUGAUCCGAUGCAAGGAAGGUUGGGUUGGAGUCAAAACUAUUAUACAUAAAAAGAAGUUGACAGCAACCGACUUCUACAACGGCUACCUACAUUCUUGGUCACAGAACAAUUCUCUUACAAUGCUCAAGAACUGCCGGUUUCAAACACUCAAGGUGACCACAGCCAAAAAAGAAGCCAAAAAGUUCAUCAAAUGUUCAGAUAAUAAUUGCGAUACAAUUUCCAGUAAUGUGUGAAAAACAAUAACUCUGUAUAAAGAGCCAAAUUGGAAGCGUCCUCAGCUUGUCCCAGAAUUGAUCGAUGGAAAACAGUGAUGGGAGAAAAUGAACAAUGACAAGGACAGUGCUAUGCAGUUGAUAUUGUGCAGUGGAUAACACAAAGGACUAGCAACCUGGAGAGUGUGUUUAUUCUUUCUGUUCAAAGCUUCAAAGCACUCUCAGCCUUGCAAGUCUGAUUUUUCAGGAGCCGUACUUUCUGCUCCUGGAUCCGUCUUUUUCCAACUUAAAAAUACAGUGGAGCAAGAUUAACUAAGUUAAGGGCCCACGUGUUGUAUGAUUAAACAAUAAAUGAUUUUUGUACAUGUUUGUGUAGGCGUGUCUCACAAAUAGUUGCAAUGGCUGAUAUUUUAGAAUGCUGACUUGUAUAACAUAAAUGGUACCGUGUCCAAAUACCUCCUUACCGCCCUUCAGAAUCCAGAAUCAUCAAGGUGAAAAUCCAAAAAUCCCCGAUACGUCAACUUUAUUGGAGAAAAGCUAAGAAGAAUUGUAAUCAGUGAGGAUAGACAAGAGUAAGCGCACACAGCUGUACACAGAAGUGUUAUUCAGCCCUCACCAACAUCUCCUUUUGCAACUUUUUCCUACCCUAUCUAAUGGACUGCCCUUAGUUGCAACGGUUUUUGCAAAAGGCAGAGUUACUAUUACAUUGCUUUUCACUUACACCCAUAGCCACUGUUGCAAUGAAGCCCAUCCAGUGAGAAGGGCAAACUCCUGAAUGGAUGGUCCUGUGCCUUCAACAACCUUUGUAUAUAAUUAGAUCUCAUUUUCCACCCUUUGGUGGUGGUAUGUGAGAAUGACCUUGGGAGACGAGUCACUGGAACUGUCAGAUAAAAGGCAGCUUAGUCCCCAGAAGGAAUGGGGAGUGGCAAAAGUCUCAAAAGGGACCCUCCCUAGUAUCUUGAGCCAUAAAGGGGAAGGGGAAGAAACGGACUUUCAGACUUGCAAAAUGGUGUGAAUGUAACCUA